CUCUCCCUUCGUUUCACUUUGUUAUCGAUCUGAUUGAUUCGAUAACAAAUCCUGUGAUUUGGAAAGUCUGCGGUUACAUUAACUUAUUUCUGUACUGGUUACGCUACUCCCUGUGCACAGUUCACACAUUAUGUUUUUAUAUUGUUUUAUUUGUUUCAUUCAUUUUAUUCUAUGAUUUUUACUCAUCUUAAUUUCUGCAAUUCUUUUAUGAUUUUUUUAAACAAAUAAAUAAUAUUUCAUUUGUGUAUGUUCCUGUUGCUUGAUUUUUUUUUUGUUUUCAAUUAUGUUUUUAUUUCAUUUACCACAUAAGUCCGGUUUUACACAUGUUAAGGUGACAUUUCACGGUUCGCAGAAUGUCACCACCUUAGUAACCUUUUUUUUUUGUUUUUUACACACCACUUUGUCAAAUUAAAGUGAUCUAGUUAACACAUGCAUGUUGGUUUGUCAAUCCAAUAUUUAUUUUCACCAUUUAUCGUAAUUAAAUUUUAGUUUCGAGCCAAUAUUUCAAAGUUAAUCAAAUUUCUUGUACUAAAAAAACGCCAUGAAUGAAAAGCAAACGGAAGAUGAUAUACGAAAAUCGUCCGAUUCUAGCGACAUCGGUAGAGAUCAUUCCUUUUCGGAUAUUUGCAUUACUCAACCACCCGAUAGCAGCAGCGAUUGGGUAGUGUGUCGUAUUUGCCAAAGUUCAAGCGAUGAAGUUAGUAUGAUAUCUCCGUGUUUGUGCAAGGGUUCGAUGAAGUACGUGCAUCUGGAAUGUUUGGAACUUUGGUUAAAUCGUUCCGGACUUACGCGUUGUGAAUUGUGUUUGCAUACGUUUCAAACGCACGAAACGCUUCGAUAUGGAUGUUGCGAAUCGGUGUUAGUAUGGUACCGCAAUCCGGAUAAUCGUAAUCUUUUAAUGUCUGAUCUUCUAAUCUACUCCAUACUGUCAUUCGUAUGUUUCAUGCUAACAAUGGUUUGCAUGCUGGUGUUACGUUUUCAACAAUCGCUACACGAUCCAUUUGGUGAAGAACUCGCUAAAGUUGCUGUCAUUUGUUUCCUAUCGCUUGUGAUGGUUGCUUACUCUGCUAAUGUUGUCAUAAUUGCAAGAGAUCAUCUACUACCUUGGUAUCGCUGGUGGCGUUCAGCCAGAAACAUACGAUUAUCUCGAUUAGCAGUGGACGCUUUACCCAUGGAAACUGUUUAGAAUGAUCAACACAAAUAUUCGGAACUGUACGAAUUUUCCGUUGAUGUGUAUGCUAAAAUCUUUGUUCAGAAAUUUGUUCAUAAAUGAAUACAUUAAUAAAUAAUUAUAGAUUUUGAUAAUCA